GAAGCAAGCAACUCAAACACCGGGAUUCCGGAGAACGGAAAGCGCCCAAGCCGAUUUUCCGUUGCCGUUAAAUUCAACCAGUUUGUGCUGAUUUACGGAGCUAUCUAUUUGGAACUGAAAAUGAGUGGUUGCUUCUCACGCACAAUCUAUGUUGGAAACCUGCCACUGGAUAUAAGAGAAUGGGAAGUUGAAGAUCUUUUCUAUAAGUAUGGGCGCAUAUUGGACAUAGAAUUGAAGAUUCCACCUCGUCCUCCUUGUUAUUGUUUUGUGGAGUUCGCCAAUGCUCGAGAUGCGGAGGACGCGAUUAGGGGGCGGGAUGGGUAUAAUUUUGAUGGUUGCCGUCUGAGGGUUGAGCUUGCUCAUGGGGGUCGUGGGCAAUCAUCUUCAGGUGAUGGCCGUGGUGACUAUGGGGGUGGCCAUCGCAGUGGCAGCAGCAGUGGACGUUUUGGCAUUUCACAACAUUCUGAGUAUCGAGUUGUCGUUCGAGGUCUGCCAUCAUCUGCUUCGUGGCAGGAUCUUAAGAAAAUAUCUCAGGAUCAUAUGCGUAGGGCUGGUGAUGUAUGUUUUGCUGAAGUUUCCCGUGAUAGCGAGGGGACAUUUGGUCUUGUUGACUAUACCAACUACGAGGACAUGAAAUAUGCUAUAAGGAAGCUUGAUGAUACCGAAUUCAGAAAUCCAUGGACAAAGACGUAUAUUCGGGUAAGGAAGUAUGAUCGUAGCCCUUCUAGGAGUCCAAGUAGGAGCUGCAGCAGGGGCAGGAGCAGCAAAUCCUUGCAGCGAUCGCCAUCAGAAUCUAGAUCGGCAUCUCCUGGGAAGCCGACAAGGUCAAGGUCAAGGCCAAGGUCAAGGUCAAGGUCAAGGUCAAGGUUAAGGUCAAAGUCAAUGUCAGAAUCACCUCGCAAGGUUCGUAGUCCCUGAGCCAACCACAACUUCAUCAGGCUUUUGCAGCCUCUACUCGAAUGGGCAGAAGAUAGAUCAAGAAGGAAUAGAUAGAUACGUUUUAGGAAACUUCUUUUGAGUGUAUUAGAUGUCUGAAAUGUAUCACAAAUAUGACGCAAUACUAGACUUUUGCUCUUAUUUCCCCCCCCCCAAACAAUUUGGUAUCGGGCGUGAGCCGAAUGUCGGUGUGCAUGCACGGUGCCCAACUUUGAGGCAUCAUGGACGUUGUGUCGGCACAAACAAUUUAGUGCAAUGAUUGCUUUAAAUCCAGAGUAGCGUUUACAUGUAACCAUUUAGGUUGUGGCUUACUGGUUAAGACCCAUGGGAUAUAAUGGAAUCUCGUCUUCUCUGGGUUCGAAUCCAGAUGCAGCCAAAGCCUGAGGUUUACGUGGGAUGAUUUCAGUCCAUUCAUGGUAUUAGUUACGUAUAAGUUGGUCUGAAUACAUACGGUUAUAAAAAAAAUUGUAACUUGCUAUUUUCUUACCUAACAGGCAAAGAUUUGCCUCUUAAAACUAGCGUUUUUAAGUCUAAAGAGUCGGCGGAGAAGGGGUAUAUUGUUUUGGUUCAUAAAAUAUGGAAGUUACAUGUUGAUUGUGAUUCUUUUAUGGUCUUUUCAAUAAAUGGGUUUAGUGGGUUUCGGCCCAAGAGGAUUUCUUGGGCUGA